GACUUCAACCGGAAACCAAACUUUUUCUUCGAACUUUUUUUUUCUCCUCUCAAGCAAAAGAGGAAAAAGACACGAGAGUCAUACACACACUGUUCCUUAUUUCCUUAAUUUACGUGUGCUGUUGGACAUGUGUCAGCUGCCGACCUACAGGGGAGAAGUAAAGCGUUUGUGGCGAGGAUAAGGGCGACGUCGAGUGAUUUUAGGCUGCUCCCCUCACAUAACGGAUUGUGGUCCUUUAUCAUGGAAGAUGGUGCAAAAGAGGAGCCAACCCAGAGUAAAGAGACAAAGCUCCUGGGUAAGGCGGGCUGGUUGAAGAAGGCCCCCGGCAGACUGUUGGCUAGCUACAAGGAGCGCUACAUCCAUGUGGUGAAGACGGAGAUCGUGGUGUAUGAACAUGAGGACCUGAAGAACUGCUUAGAGAGGCUUGACCUGGAGAACUAUGAUAAAUGUCACGAGUUAAAGAGUCCCUUCAAGAAGAAGCACAGACUGAUACUGAUCCGAUCCUCCAAGCCCGGGAAUAAGGUCCACGAUGUGAAGUUCCAGGCUCAGAAUGCAGAGGAGAAGGAGGCCUGGAUUAAAGCUUUGCUCGAUGGCAUCAAUCGAGCAAAGAACAAAAUCUUUGAUGAGGUGACGGUUGAUGAAAGCAUUAAUUUAGAGCAUGUUACCCGAACAAGGCCCAAAGGGAACCGUAAUCGGCGGCCACCGACCAGGAUACACAUGAAAGAGGUAGCUGAUGUUUCUUCUGAUGGUAUCAUGCGUUUGGAUCUGGAUCUUGAGAAUGCCUUAAUGCCUAAUGGCACCCGUCUGUCCAGCGUUGAUGGCCCUAAAUCGCCGAGAGAGACCGCCAAAGCCUCAACUCCUCUGUCCAAUGCCGGCGAAGCUGCAGAGAAAGGGGAGAAUCCUGAGGAGGAGGCUCAGACUGAUCCAGAGGUCAGUCCCCAGAAAAAGGUCAUCAAACCUCCCAUGCCCCCUACCAAAGAGGCUAAACUGAACCGAAUGCCUGAGGAGGAGCCUGAUAAGGAGGAAGGCUCAGAAAAAAAGGUCCCGAAGCCACCCAUGCUUCCGUCUAAAGAAGCCAAGCCCACUGCUUCACCCGAAGACUCAGAGGAGGUGAAAGCUGACUCAGAAAAGAGUCCUGAUGCCAGGAAACCACCAACCCCUCCCAACAAACCCGGCUCCUGCAGCUCCAUUGGCAACCUAGCAGAGGCCUCACAGUCCCCUCCUACCCCUCCAUUAAAGGAGAAGAAACCUGCUCUGGAGCUAGACCAAGAGGCAGAGAGCACAAUGGAUGAGGAGAAAGAAGAAGGUGAUAACAAGGAGGCGAAAGGAACUGCUGUGGAAACAGUCCGGCCAACUUCUAAAGAAGCUCGGCCUAAACUUGGGAGUCCCAGCAUAGAGUGGCAGGUCUUUGAAGAAGAAUCAGGGGAGACAAUAAGUAAUGGCAUUGGAGCAUCUGACAAUGAGCCACAUAUACCCAAAGAGCAACUCAGAAAGAUCUCCAGCCCUCCUCCAACACCCAAGAAGAAGCCUGCUCUGCCGAAUACACAACAGGCAGACAACAAAACAACUGUAGCCCAGGCUCAAGAGGGACAGGACCCUGCUGCAUCACUGCAAACAGACUCCUCUGCCAGUUCCCCUGGAGCAGUAGAGACUCAACCCAAGAUCGAUGUCCCUGCAGUCGUGGUCUCUUUGAAUGACGGCCUCAGCCUGAGUCCACUGCUCUGUCAGCGGCCCGGGGAGAAGAAGAAGAAGGCGGAGGAGAAGUCUGUGGACAGCGGUCAGCACUCGGACGAUGACAGCGAAGGCUCGGGCAGCGAAGACACGCUGGCAGCUUCCACCGCCGCGUUGAGAGGAAGUAAACCUGGGCUAGAUGUGUUGGACGCCAGCGAGGACGAGAUUCAGAUUCCCGUCAGUUUAAAUCCAACGAAAGCGCCACCCAAGCUUCAGGUCAAACCUAAGUUCUUUCCCUAUCGGCGCUCAGAUCCCCCUGUUCCUUCUCUUACCCCCUCGACCAAGGCCAGGUCUUCCUCCAUUGGAGAUCUGCUGUCUGUUUCCUCAGUCUGUGUUCAGGCACACACAGCUGUGGCCGAAGGCAACGCGGCUCCUGGUGAUGAUUUCACGAAACUUGAGACUGAAGUGGCGCUCGAGAUGGAAAAGACGCAGGAGCUCCUGAGCAGAGUGUCCCAGGAGCAGAUGGGAGCAGACGGGGAGGGAAUGCCAGGGGAUCUGCUGGCCAAGGCCAUGGAGAAGCUGAAGAAGGCCGACCACGUCCUGAGAGAGGUCCAUAAACUGAAAGUUGCAAAGGACACGAGGAACAGGAACAGCUGGUAAAUGUCCACCAGAGCAGGUCGACUGGGAGUCGGCCAUUCGCUAAACCUCUCUUCUGAUCAGUGAUGGUCCAAUCGUAGCUUUGCAAUCUUCAAUAGGCACAGCAAGUCAGUUAAGCUUUGGACUGAAAUACAAACGGUACAAUUGCAGGGUAGCUGAAGUAAAAAUAAAUAUUUUAUAUAAAAAAGUAUUUUUCUUUGCCUUUCUGAAAACAUGUGUAAGGAAUAGAUACCAUUGUGUAUUUGCCCACUGUCAGUCAGCUGCAAUUAUUGGUCUUUUUGUGUCUCAAUUUGGAUACUUCUGUAAGUACAUUUCGACUGCGUGCACUGUACAUACUUGCGCAGUGCAUUGAGACUUUUUAAAAGACUCUCAAGAGACUCGCUGCGUGAUGACCUACCAUUCUUCCUCAAUGCUUAACCAUGUUGUGAGGUUUUUGCAAGCAAGUAUUACAGUCUAGACACGUCCACCUUUUUGGUCCUUAUGAGUACUCUUUGACCAUACUCAAAUGAGGAAUUGUAGACAAAUUUUGACACAACAGAUGUGUAACUAGCUUACGUUGCUACUACAUACUCUCUAGCGACCCAAGCUAACAAGAUAAUGUUUCGUUAGUCAAACACCGCCUAAAAAACCUUGUUCUUUGUAAUGUAAAAAAACAUCCAUGCUGUGAUUUGGAUCAACUUGUGGAGCUAGUCUUAGAGUGUUCAGCUAACUGAUCAAAUCUGUGACAGUUGUCAUUUCAGCGGGCAAAAUCAACAUUUGUUGGCAAUUAAAUGCAAAGCUACUUGUGUCUUACUCCCAGUGAGGGCUUAGCGAACGGUCAAUCGAUUGACUUUCAUUUUGCAGCGGCACAUGCAACUCUUCGCUCAUAAGUGCAAUUAUUUCUAGUUUAACUUUCUCUGCAGGUAAUGCUUAACAUUCUACUGUGUAUUGUUGUUGUUGUAUAUGAAAUAUCAAAUAACAUUUUCAAGAACAAUUACUUGAAAGUUUAUCAGAGAAUUAAUAAUAUAAUAACAAACCAGUACUGUCAUCGAAAAGAACAUGCAAAAAAAAAGUACUAAAAAGUGUUAAUAAUAAUCAAUUAUACAAUAGUUUAUUCUUUGUGGAAUCAAGAGGCUUUCCAUCAUCUUUUCAGAUAUUUUUGCUGGCAGUUGUUAUGAUGGAAUAUAUAUUGUACAUACUUUCUACUUACUAAAGCAUGCUGUCUAUUGUGGAUGAGGAAAGAUGUAUUCCUGAGAAGGAAAGAUGCUCAGGAGUUUUCUGAAAGUCAUCUUUUCAAUCAUGUAAUAGAAGGAUUCCAGUUUGUUUUAUACUGAUAUUGUACAUAGCACAGAACAAAGAGCUUGUAGCAGCACUUGGCUCUUACUAACCCUUUUACAGUUUAAUUUUACAUUCAGAUGUUUUCUAACAUUAGAUAUUAUUUUGUACUCUUUGAUAAAAGUUGCUUUGGCCCAAAUAAAAAAGGGAAACUA